AUGAAUUUUUAAUUUUAUUUUUUAUUAUUUGUAUUAAUUUGAAUUCAAUUUCAUUUCUGAUUUUGCUUUAUGAAAGUAUGCAUUAUAUUUAAAUAUAAAAUUAAGUUUUCAUGAUAAUAUUUGUCUGUCGUCUAAGGAAAAUAAAUAUAGUUAAAAGUUUUUUACACAAUGUUGCGUCAGUUUAAAUCAGUGGUCCAUAGUGCGAAGGUAGCAAAAGUAUUUUUAUGGUCUAAUAUUGAUAUAAACAUAAGAUUAAUGUCUACAAAAAUGGAUAGAAAUAAUUUUUUCUUUAGACAGCUGUUUGACCCAGUGAGCUGCACAUACACUUAUUUGCUCGGUGACUUAACAACUCGGGAUGCAGUUAUUAUAGAUCCAGUACUAGAACAUGCAGAGCGCGAUGCGGGACUUAUAAAAGAAUUAGGAUUCAAUUUGAUUUAUGCAAUGAAUACACACAUGCACGCAGACCACAUAACUGGCACGGGGAAACUGAAGUCCCUCCUGCCGGGCGCACGCAGCGUGAUCGGCAAGGCCUCCGGAGCUACAGCGGAUGUUCACCUCGCUGAUGCUGACCUGGUCAAGUUUGGCGGAUACCAGUUGUCGGUGGCUGCUACUCCUGGUCACACUAACGGGUGUGUAACAUAUAUAUGCCAUGAACAGGGUAUAGCAUUCACUGGUGACACUCUGCUCAUCAGGGGAUGCGGUCGCACCGACUUCCAGGAGGGUUCCUCAGAAGCCUUAUACAAGUCGGUACAUCAAAAGAUCUUCACGUUGCCUGACCAUUACACGCUGUAUCCGGCACACGACUACAAAGGACUGACUGCUACUACGGUUGGAGAAGAGAAGAAGUAUAACCCUCGAUUGUCCAAAUCGUUGGGGGAGUUUAUAAAAAUAAUGGAGAAUUUGAAUUUACCUUACCCAAAAAUGAUUGAUAAGGCUUUACCCGCGAAUAGAGUGUGUGGUAUAUAUUAGUGUUGAAUUACAUUAUAAUAUUUUAAAAUGCGGAAAUAACUGUCUGCUUGAUUUCUUUAUGGCUAAACGGUUCAAUCGAUUUUGAUAAUUAACAAACCAUAUAGAUUAUUUGUUUUAAAUCAAUCCUUAAAUGGGCGAACGAAGUUGCGGGUAAAAACUGAAUAAAUAUAUAAACAAACUAGUAAAUAUGUUACAGUUAUAUAUGCAUGUGAUCUUGGAUUAUGACAGAAGAAGUAUUACAGAGGAAUAAUACCUGAGUCUUCAGGAAUGGCAACGCAUGGGGGGUAUCUUGGGUGAAACAGUAUACUCUGUUAUAUCCAUAGUACUGCUCAUGUCUAUAGGCGACGGUUACCAUUUUCCAUCAGGUGGGCCGUCAGCUUGUUUGCCAUUCUAAGUUGUAUAAAAAAAAAAGUAUGAAAGUAAGAUUGUUUGUAUAGAGACUUACGUUUUAAUGUAUAUUUUCGUUAAGUAUCUAUUAAAAUCAAUUAAAAUUUUAUUGACAUUGAAUGAAUUGUGUUAUUAGAAAUAAAUGUGCAUUAGAAGUUAUAGGAAGUAUAGAGAAUAGAAGAUAUGUAAUAAUAAAGAACAUAGCAACUACUUUGGUGCAAGUGUUUUGACCUUAGUUGGGAGGCAGAAAGAGAGAGAGGUUUAAAAUAUCUUACUUUGUACAAAUCAUGACUCAUUAGUUUUUUUUUUUUUAAUGGGUGAUAAUGGUAUGGUAACCCCGUCUGCGCUAUCGGUAUACACUGACGGGGCACCAGUGAUAGAUGACUGAUGAGGAUGAAAGCAGGCCAGUUAGCCCAUCCUGACGAAUUCAAUUAGAAUUAGCCACGAUCGUUUCCAGGGGGAACUACGCGGAGGUCGACCUGACAGGAUAUAUUGCUAGUAAUAGGGCUAUUUGACCCCAUAUUAACAAUUCCUUUCCCCCCACUCAUUAAUAUUACAACUAAUAAAAUUGUACAAGUCCUUUAAUUUUCGCACUUAGUGCGAGAUAUUUAUUAAACUUGGUUGGGUAUUCAAAGUGAAUAGUGGGUGAUUACCCCCUACUGGUAACAUGCUGAAGAAAGUUCAAAUUAAUAGCACUUGAGGCUGGCGAGUUUGUAUGAAUGGUGAUGUCAUUCUUCAAUGAUUGUGAAGGAAGUGAAAAAGAUAUAAUUGAAUCAGAGUAUUUUGGUUUCCAUUUAUAAUUAUUUACAAUCAAUAGAUGAUAGGCGUAACUUAAUGUAGAUUACGAAUUACUAGUCCGUAUCAAGUUUAUUAUAAUUUAUAACUUAUCCUAUUUUUUUAUGUCGUCAUUCAACCUACAACACUCCCAUAGUAAGCAUAAAUCAAUCGAUGAUUCUUUUUAAAUCAAUUAAGCCGUUUAACCAUAUUCCGCCAGAUACAAAUGUAAAAAAGAAAUUAAAUAAAAUAAAUAUAAUAAUAAUACUAAUAAGACAUAGUAAAAUAGUUCAGUAGUUAAUGAAAUAGUCUGUGAUAUAACAAUAUUGCAAGUAAGUUGUAAAAUAACAACUUUUUUUUUAAAUGUAUAUAUGUAUAUUUUUGUUUGUUGUAAAGUAGGUAAUAUUUCUUGAAUUUAUUAACAUUAUGAUAAUUUAGAAAAUUGAAUAUAUUUAUACUUUUCUACAUUGUUUAAGCAAAAUAAAUCAUAUUGUUACAAAUUAAGGUAUAAAUAGUAUUUAAAUAGAUAUGUUUAAAGUACGUUAAUUUUGUUAUGGUUAUUGAAAAUAAAAUUGUAUAUAGUCUAUGAAUAAAAUAUGUCCACCAAGA